CAUAACAAAAAAAAAUGGCGAAUGGCGAAGAAUUGAUCUCUCAAUCACUGCCAGAUGAUGUAAUAGAGAUGAUAGUGGCUUUCCUUUCUGUCUCAGAUCUUCCCAAAGCGACUCUGGUUUGCAAGCAAUGGCAUUCUUUCAUCGCUUCCAGUCCCAUUCGUAGAGCGCUUUCCAAUUGCCUGCACAAAUGCAAACCCUGGCUAUUUCUUUUAAGCGCCAACAAAAGACGAGGUUCAGGGUUCGAUCCCUUGGCCCGCAGAUGGAUCCGUCUGCCGCCUUUAAGCCUUGAUCCUAGUGAACAAGACGCGAUCUUUAUGGAAGGCAACGGAAUUCUGUUUUCUGUUGCAGGGGGGAGCUUAAAGUUCACGAAAAGUUUCUUGAAUCCGCGAAAAUGGGAACAGAGCGCUGCGGCUAUGAGGGUUUGGCGACAGAAUCCGAUCGUUUGUGACGAUCAGGGUAAAAUAGUUGUAAUAGGAGGGGUUCAUGAAUUGGAAGAAGAUAAAUUGUGUGUGGAGAUGCUUCAUUUGAAAUCGGGAGAAUGGGAGAUUUGCGAUCCAUUGCCGGAGGAAUUCAGGCAUAGUGCUUCGUCCACGUGGCUUUCCUCGGCUGUAUUUAAUGGUAAGAUUUAUGUAUUGGAGAAGUAUAAGGGAGAUUGCUGUUGCUUUGAGUUGCAGAGCAAGCAGUGGGGAAAGGUGAUGGCUGUAAGAGCGUGGUCGUCUCUUCCUUCUUGUCAAUGUGUUAAAUAUUUCUGUUUAGCGUGCAAAGGUGGAUUAGUUUUAGCAGGAUUGGUCAGAGAUAAUGGAGGAAUGAGCUUUAGGAUGUGUAUUGCAGAGGAGGAAAAGUUGGAGAGCAAGGAGGGCACGGAAAUACAAAUGCCUGGUGAAAUGCUGAAAUUGAUUACAGGCAGAGAAACAAGAGAGGAAGAGGAAGAGGAAGAGGAAGAUGAAUAUUCAUUAUAUGCAGAGUAUAUUGAAUGCAGGGGCGCAGGGGAUCUGGUUUAUGUAUUCAGUAAAUCUAGAUAUGUGAGCAGAAGGCGUGUUUGCUUAUUUGAUUUCAGCACAGGUGUUUGGGAAAUGUUAGCAGAGAAUGAUGGCGGAUUGUGCAUGAAUUGGCGAGACAGAGAUUUGUUGGUUUGUAGUCCAGUAACGCUUGAUGAAACAUGGCUGACUUCAAAAGCAUAGAGCCUGUAAAAGCAUGCCCUGUUCCUUCUUUUUCUUCGCAUCCUCCAAAGUUUUAUAAUGGUCUGUUUUUUUUUAAAUCCACUUUGUGUUUGAAUAUGUGCAAACAUCCAAACAAAAUUUAAACAGCAGUAAAGCAACAGAGGAGAUUGGGAUUGAGCUUUCAAUAUUUGGUCCAUCCUCUUUUCUUCUUUUUAUAAAAAAGGUCUCUUCUGGAAAAUAGGUUCUUACUAUAAUUGUAAGUUUCUUGAUGUAACUGUGAUAUAAUUAUGAUAGUUUCUUAAUGUAAUGGUGAGGUUUUUUUUAAUCGUA